AAUGUAAAUGAUAGUCGGUGUGCUCAAAUGAGCAUUGAUACGCCGCCGUAUUACCAUAUUCAUUUGUGUGAAGACGGCGCGCGGCGACCUGACGCAGACUUUAGCGCGACCUCACUCCGCUACGCACCUUUUUCCGUAUUUUCGCAACUUUAAUACGACUUAUUUCUCAGAACUACUGAGUGCGUAAUCAUAUUUUGAUGGGAACAGUGCGUUAUCAAGUGAUGUUUUAUAAUUUCUGUUGAUUAUAAACAGUACGUCAUAGGUCAGCCCACAUAUCUUAUCAUCUCUUUAAAUGUUUGUGCUUAAGUCCGUUGAAGUCAGUUAAAGCCAAGCAAUUAAUCGACAGACUGAUUGAGCAGUGUUUAAUUAUUUAUUUGAACAUUUUUGUAACAAAAAUAACUGCAGUAUUUUAAAUUUAGUGUUCUAGUGGUGUUAUAGUGUUUACAUAUUGUUUAAAAAAAAAUAAGUAUGCCUAUCCGUCGUAGUCAGUUGUUGGUGAAAUGGAUUUUCGAGAACCAGCACAAGCUGCGGACAGUGCGGCGGUGCAGCUCCUCACUGCGGUACAAGGAGCUAGAGGAGGCUGCCGUGGCCGCGCCCGAGUACACGGCGCCCGAGCACGAUGAGCCCUGCCCUCACGGAGAACCUGAACAAUAUUUCAAGUAUGAAGAUUUGCACGUGAAAUUAGCAGCGCCGUACCAGCUGCAGCCCAAACCAGACGCUAAAGACCUCGGUUUCGGGAAAUACUUCACGGAUCACAUGCUCAAAAUCAACUACCAAGUGCAACUGGGCGGUUGGCAGAAACCAGAGAUCAUCCCCUUCGAGAACCUAAGCAUCCAUCCUGCUGCGAAGGCUCUUCACUACGCAAUACAAUUGUUUGAAGGGAUGAAAGCGUACCGUGGCGUAGAUGACAAAAUCCGGUUGUUCCGGCCUGAUCUCAAUAUGAAGAGGAUGAAUCUGGCCGCACACCGCUCCGGCCUGCCGAUAUUCAACGGAGAGGAGCUCAUCAAAUGCAUGAAAAGACUCAUACAGAUUGAUCAAGAGUGGGUGCCUCAUUGUGAAUCUUCCACUCUAUAUAUUCGACCAACACUUAUAGCAACAGAGGCGACCUUUGGCGUGAUGGCGCCCGAGUCAGCGCUGCUGUUUGUCGUGCUGACCCCGGUGAGCGCGUACUACAAGACGAGCGCCGACGGCGCCGUGUCCAUCUUCGCGGACCCCAACGUGGUGCGCGCUUUCCCCGGCGGCGUCGGCAACAGGAAAGUGGGCUCCAACUACGGACCCACGAUAGAGGCCACGACGCGCGCCGCGCAGCUCGGCCACCACCAGGUCUUGUGGCUGUUCGGCCCCGACCACCAGCUCACCGAGGUCGGCGCCAUGAACAUCUUCAUGGUCUACAUCAACGAGAAUGGAGACAAGCAGCUAAGCACGCCGCCCCUGAACGGGCUGAUCCUGCCGGGCAUCACGCGGCGCUCCAUCCUCGAGCUGGCCAGCCAGUGGGAGGACCUGGUCGUCAAGGAGGAGGUCAUCACCAUGGACCGAGUCAUCAGUCUCAACAAACAGGGACGGCUACUGGAGAUGUUUGGCGCGGGCACGGCAGCGGUAAUCAGCCCCGUCAGCCGGAUCGGCUUCCUCGAGAACAACAUUCACAUCCCCACCAUGCAGCAGUCCCAACCCGUGUUCCAGCGGCUAAAGGACACCCUCCUGGCCAUCCAGUACGGACACAUAGAGCACCCCUACUCUGUCAUCAUCUCAUAGUGACGUGAAGUGAACUUAUAACUAAGAUAAAAGACAUUGAACUUGACAAAUGACUGUUUAACGGCUAAACAGGGUCAAAGUGUUUAGAGUUUAAGGAAAUCGCGGCAGGUACCGUCAAGUGAUUUGAACUUUAUGACAGUUAAAUCGCUUUUGUUCGGAGUUUAAAAGUAGCUAACUAGUACAGACUCGUGCCGCCAAAUGUACACUAUUUUUCAAUGGAUUUUGAACCCUUCUUAUAUCCUCGUAAGGCCCUAUGUGUAUUUCAAUGUACACUACGUUUCAAUCUAAUUAGACCCUUUCAUAAACCAAAUAAAGUUGCAUUUCUUUUGUUUCAUUGCAUUCUUAAACAAACAAAAUUCAUCCCAAUGAACUAUACAACAAGGUUUAAAUGAAAAAUUGGAAUACUUUGUAAAUUAAUAUUCCUUCUGUCACAUUGAAUUUUCGGACAAAUGAAAUUCAAACCAAUUACUAUGCAACUAGAUUCAAACUUCUUUAAUAAAAUAUUGCAUGGUUGGCGGCACGUGGAUAGUAACGAGACUGGACUAGUUAAAAUAUGGCAUUAUUCAUAAACGCCAUACAAGCCUCAAUUAGUUAUUAAUCGUUUGUGUUUAUCU